AUGUUCCCACCUGGCGAUCCAUUCGUGUACUCCACACAGCCCAUGUCCACCUUGGAAGCUGACCACUUCCAGCAUGAUCUUGGAAUGCCCGCAUGGUAUCCCUUCGAUUUAGCACGGCAAGACACGGGCAUGGGACGAACGACAUUAGGCGACCCCAACGUUGUAUUCUCUAUCCCAAACUUUGGCUUUACUAACCUCCCGGGAUUCCCACGCGCAAAUCCUCCCGGAAUCAAGUCAUCGGUUGUCAAGCCACCUCCACCCCGGCCAUUCCCAAAGUUUGUCCCGGAUCCAUUCGCCCAUCUCCCUGGGCCAUACCUCCCUUAG